GUUUAUCACCUCUCCAUUUCUCAACCCCAUCUUCCUCUCCCUCUUCUUAUACCGGGACCAUAGCCUUUUCUCCAGGAUGCGUACCUCUACCCUCGCAGCAGCUACUGUCGCCGCCACUGGGGCGAUGGCAAAGCCUCGCUAUCUCAUGUAUUUUGACUCAUGGGACACGACAAAUCUGCCUGAUCACUCUGUAACCGCAGGUGUCACCCACGUCAGCACCGCUUUUGCCGGUUCGACCGUGUUCAACUCCGGCACUUGGUAUCAGCCUUUUAUGCCGUUGGACCAGAUUCGAGCUCUUUUCGACGACGGGGUCAAGGUCUGCAUGUCCAUUGGCGGAUGGGGGGACACAUCUGGCUUCAGCGCAGGGGCACAGAAUAACCAGACACGCCAAACUUAUGCCCAGAAUGUCGCUACUGCAAUCAAGACACUGGGCUAUGAUUGCGUUGAUAUUGAUUGGGAGUUCCCUGGUGGAAAUGGCCAGGACUACAUUCAGAACCCCAAUUCGCAGAAGGUUUGGGAGAUUGAUGCUUUCCCUCUCUUCCUUCAGGCAAUCAAAGAUGCCGUGGGGCAAGAUAUCGAACUCUCCAUUGCUGCGCCGGGGCGAGUCGAGGACAUGAUUGCUUACACAGCCGAGAAUGUGGCCAAGAUUAACGAUAUUGUGGACUACGUCAACGUCAUGACGUACGAUCUCAUGAUGCGCCGAAUGAACACAACUACCCACCACUCUGGCGUCUCCAACUCUAACGAUUCCAUCAGCACCUACAUCGAGCGCGGCCUCUCUCCCAGCAAGAUCAACCUCGGCUUUGCCUUUUACGCCAAAUGGUUUGAAACUGCUGCGGGCUUCAACUGCACAACCCCCGUUGGCUGCCCAACAGCAGAGCUCGAGGCCCCCGACGGCAGCGACACGGGCAAAUCCGGCGCCAUCACGUUCGAGCCGGCCAACAUGAGCGGCGAUUUCCAGCACGCGGUGCAGAACGGCAUCGCAGACGAGGAUCUGGGUGGGCAGUGGUACUGGGAUUCCCAGAAGGGGGUCUUCUGGACCUGGGACACGGCUGAGUUUGUCGCUCGCAAGUUUACGGAUAUUGUUGUGCCCAAGCAGCUGGGAGGCGUGAUGGCGUGGGCUCUGGCGCAGGACAGCCUCGACUGGAGCCAUUUCAAGGCGAUGCAGGCUGGUGUUAAAGCUCUGCAGUAGAAGGUGGAUGUUUAGACUGUGCUGUACUACGACUGUUUUUGCAUAGAUAUAAUAGCAUAUGGAUGUUAAUAAUCAUGAUGAAUGCCGCCAUUUCGGCC